CUUUAAUGACAUUCGUUCACGUAAUAUAAUUAUUCAUUGAGAUUUUGGUGGUUUGAUCCUAACCCCAGAGGGGCUGAUGGAGCACAAGAACCCUUGGAAAUAAGGAAGAAACAUAGUGAUACUUCCUCAGUUCACCGCUAGAUGGCAGCAGCAGUAUUUUCAUAGCAUCCUCUUUGUCAGAGAUGGUCAUGACCACGUUGUUUCCAAUGUAUACCCUCGCUCUGGUUCCAAUCCCUCCCUCCUUCUCCGCUUACAGUAGAUCUAUCUAUCUAUCUUCCUCUCACAAUCGCAGUCUCUGGCAGCAUCAGAUAAAAGCGCUAGCAUGGCGCAAAGCGGCGCACCUCGCUUUCCGAAAAGAACCACUUCCACGCACCUGUACCCGGUGUUUAUUUUGAUUUCUGUUUGGAUGUCAUUGCUGGGACCGGCGCAAUGUGACAGCGGCGUUUUAGACCGGAGCUUCAGGGAUCUUGUGCUUGACAGCAGCGGUGGCAGAGUGCUGAGACGGAGCUUUACUAAUAAUGAUGGAGAUCCGGGUGGUAUGGGAGUCGCGCGCUUCAGGAGAGCGCUGUCCCAGGACAAAGUGUCGCUACUCAGCAGCUCGUUCGUGCUCAAAGGAGAUGCCACUCAUAACCAGGCAAUGGUCCACUGGACCGGAGAAAACAGCAGCGUUAUACUCAUCCUGACGAAGUAUUACCAUGCAGACUCCACCAAGGUGCUGGAAAGCUCCCUGUGGAGGUCCAGCGAUUAUGGAACCACUUACACCAAGCUCAACCUGAUGCCCGGGACAACCAUCAUCGUUACCAACUUCUACAUUUGUCCCACCAAUAAGAAGAAGGUGAUCCUGGUCAGCUCCUCCAUUAAUGAGCGGGAUCAGAUGCUUUUCAUCAGCGUGGACGAGGGGGCGUCCUUCCAAAGGCAGCCCCUCUUCUUCACCGUGGAGACGCUGCUCUUCCACCCCAAAGAGGAAGACAAGCUGCUUGCCUACAGCAAAGAGAAAAAGCUGUACGUAUCCACAGACCUGGGUAGAAAAUGGACUUUACUGCAGGAACGUGUGACCAAGGAUCGGAUUUUCUGGUCUGUGGCUGGUGUGGAUGUGGACCCUGAUCUGGUGCAUAUGGAGAUGCAGGAUACAAGUGGAGGCUUCCUGUAUGUGACCUGCCUCAUACAGAACUGCUCCGACAAAAUGGUCACCGCGCAGUUCCUGGGGAAGAUUGACCAGAACUCGCUAUCCGUUCAGGAUGACUACAUAUUUGUGAAGGUGACCACAGGAAAUCGCACCAAGCACUACGUCUCCUACCGUCGGAACGAAUUUGCCCAAAUGAAGUUCCCCAAGUACGCUCUGCCGAAGGAUGUCCAGAUCGUCAGCACCGAUGAAAACCAGGUGAUCCUGGCGCUGCAGGAGUGGCAUCAGACUGACACCUACAACCUGUACAUGUCGGACCCGCAGGGCCUGUACUACUCCAUCGUGCUGGAGAACGUGCGCAGCACCCAGCAGCCGGAGGAGAGCGUCCUCAUCGACAUACUGGAGGUCCGCGGAAUCAAAGGUGUCUUCCUGGCCAAUCAGAAGGUGGACGGGAAAGUGACGACGCUCAUUACCUACAACAAGGGACGAGACUGGGACCUGCUUACCCCUCCUGCUACGGAUAUGAACGGGAAGCCAAUCAACUGCAAACCGCCUGACUGCCACCUGCACCUGCACCUCCGAUGGGCCGACAACCCCUACGUGUCUGGGACGGUCCACACCAAAGACUCCGCCCCCGGCCUCAUCAUGGGAGCAGGUAACCUGGGCUCCCAGCUGAUAGAGUACAAGGAGGAGAUGUACAUCACUUCUGACUGCGGAAAAUCCUGGAGACAGGUGUUUGAAGAGGAACAUCACAUCCUGUACCUGGAUCAUGGUGGGGUCAUCGUAGCCAUCAAGGACACCUCCAUUCCACUGAAAAUACUCAAGUUCAGCAUGGACGAGGGCCGCACCUGGACCGUGCACAACUUCACCAGCACGUCGGUGUUCGUGGACGGGCUACUGAACGAGCCGGGGGAUGAGACCUUGGUCAUGACCGUGUUCGGUCAUAUCAGCUACCGGUCGGACUGGGAGCUAGUGAAGGUGGACUUCCGCCAGUCCUUCCCCAGGCAGUGCACGGAGGCGGACUACGACUCCUGGAAACUGACCGAUCUGCAGGGCGAGCGUUGCAUCAUGGGACAGGAGAGGAGCUACCGGAAGAGGAAGGAGUCGGCCUUCUGUAUCAAAGGGAAGAGCUUCACGUCCGCUCUGACGGCCAAGCCCUGCCAGUGCUCAGAGAGAGACUUCAGCUGUGAUUAUGGAUUCGAGCGUGCACCUAGCAUGAAAGCGGAAGGUGAUCGAUGCUUUGCAGACUUCUGGCACGACCCAGACUCCCCACCCGAGGACUGUCAACUGGGCGAGAGUUACGCAUCCAGCACAGGCUACCGGAAGGUGGUCUCCAAUGUGUGUGAGGGAGGAGUGAACAAGCAGCAGAGCUCCAAACAGCACACCUGCCCUCUGCUGUCCCCUAAUGGCCUGCAGCUUGGUGUCAAGGGUCAAAUGUUGGCUGUGGCGCCUGGUGAUGACAUCACUUUCAUCAUCCAUCAGGAACAGGGUGACACGGCCAACACUAAGUACCAGGUGGACCUAGGUGAUGGGGUACGGGCCAUCUACAGGAACCUGACCGUGACGGAUGAGCCCAUCCAGCACCGCUACGAGAAGCCGGGCGUGUACCGGGUCACCGUGAAGGCUGAGAACCCGUCCGGCCACAGCGAAGCCACUGUCUACAUCCAGGUCAACGCCCCUUUACAAGAAGUGCACCUGGAAGUAGUUCCCAUCGCUGGGAUAAACCAGGAAGUGAAUUUGACUGCUGUGGUGCUUCCCGCUGCCACCAACCUCACUGUCUUCUACUGGUGGAUCGGCAACAACCUCCAGCCCAAGCUCUCUCUGGAGAACAGCGUUAUCACCAAGUUCCCUGAGACAGGAGAGGUGUCGGUCACCGUCCAGGCCUCAAAUGGCCGGUCCAUGGUCCAGGACACCAGAACUGUCCGUGUGUUCGAUCAGUUCCAGGUCAUCCCUCUGAGUUUCAGCAGGAACCUUGACCAGUUCAACCCCAACAUUCCCGAAUGGAGAGAAGAUAUUGGGCAGGUCGUGACCAAGAUCCUGGCCAAGAUCACUGGAAUUCCACAGGAAUCCCUGGUUACCAUGGUGAGGCCAGGUCUACCAACCACAGCGGACCUGUACGUGCUUCCACUGGAGAGCAAACCGGCUAAGCGCAGUGUGUUUGUUGAUAAGAGGAUUCCCGCCAUAAAGCAGGCCUUCAAUGAGAACAACGUCAGCUUCAUUGUGAGGGGGGGUCUGGUGGUGCUGGUGACCCUGGCUGACCCCGAUUCAGGAGAAAUAACAAGAGACACAUCAACCCAUGCAACAGAAACCGGCUCCCAGGGGGGCAUGGCUGGAGCAGGCGUUUGGGCUCUGGCUCUAAUAUUUGUUAUCAGCCUGGUUGCCGUUGGAGCUUUCAUCCUUUACAAAUUUAAGAGAAAACUCCCAGGAAGGAAUGUCUAUGCCCAGAUGCACAACGAGAAGGAACAGGAGAUGACCAGCCCUGUCAAUCACAGCGAGGACACACAGAACAUCAUCCAGGGGGAGGAGUUUAUCGAUGAUGACUUGGACUCACAGACCCUAGGUAACUCAGGAGGUAACCACUCGGGCGUAGUGCUGAGCAUCAACUCGAGAGAGCUGCACAGCUACCUGACCAGCUGAUGGCUGCGGAGGGGCUGAAGAGCACGGACUCUGCCUUCUCUGUUUUAUUACACCGGCCCUCUCCCCAAGCCUGCGGCGGAGGGGCCAAAACCCCACCAGACCAUUUAUACACCCGCAGUACUACAGCAACCUGUUCUGUCUCUCGCUCUCUCACUCCUCCCGAAAACAGCAGGAUUAACCCCUCUCCCCCCCCCCCCCAUCCCGUCCCUUCAGUAUGGAACAUACAGGGUCUGAGAGACUCCACCUGCACCCGUGCUCCCGAUUGCUCUCCACCAAUCUCUUUACUUCGGCACACCCACCCACGAGCUCGUUUGUUUUUCCUUUGAACUUGUCUGCUCCCCUAACACCAGCUGAACACGUCUGCUCCCUUAAGACCAGGUGCAUCUCUCCCACGCCCUCCAAGAUACUUUUGUUUUCUUCUUUGCCUUUUUGUCUCUCCCUGUCAGUGUCAUUAUGUCUCUUUCUUGGUGGUUUUUGCGUUCUUUAUGCCAUUCUGUCUCUUUCGUCCUCUCCCUUUCUCUCCUUGGUGAGCGCCGACGCAUUUGCUCAUAGGUGUCUUGCGGGCAUGUGACAUUCCACACUAUCUCCGAAACAGAAAUGAGGCCUGGGUCAGGAGCCAAAGACUCGUUAAAACUACAAAACGCCCCUUUCCUUUCUGUUUCAAUCACGUUGUGGAGGAAGAGCGCAGGGGGGAGUCCUUUUAACUGUCAUCUUAAUCAUUUUGUGGUACUACUUCAGUUUAACUAAUGUCUAGGGAAGAUGCAUGCUGCUCAGAAAUUGGUGGUGCAGUUCCUGCUAUACUGUCCAGCAUCCAGUAAGAGAAUGGUUGUAGUUGCCUCAAGAACAGGUGGGAAAGUUUGAACCAUUUGAGCCUUGUGAAGGAGAAUGAGCCUCGUCUUUCUGUAAAAGCCUCACAAAUUAUGUGUACGAGCCUCUUUAGUCUUUCAGAAACAGCCUCACCAAGAGUCUUUCUGAAACAGCCUCAUUACGAGUCAUUCUGAAACAGCCUCACCAAGAGUCUUUCUGAAACAGCCUCAUUACGAGUCAUUCUGAAACAGCCUUGUUCAGAGAUUUUCUGAAAUUGCCUCGCUUACAUUCUGAAACAGCCUCUUUAACAGCCUUUCUGAAAUAGCCUCGUUAAGAGUCUGAAAAUAGAUCUGGGACAAGAAGAUGUAGAGUGUGGAGUGAAACUGGGGGCGGGAAUCAAAUGCAGUGCUUUAAAAAGUUUCCAUUGUUUGUACAGUGUGUGAUACGAAAUCCCUAGUCUUAUCCGUACUGCAGUUUAUUAUUACGUGGAUACACAGUGUGUUCUCUGUCCAGAUCACUAAUGCCGAUCAAAUAAAUUCAGAAUGAGCUACUUGUAAUUCAUUAUGCCAAAAACACAACUCAAAAAUAUUCCUAUCUCCAGAGAGCUGGGUGCUGUCACAGGCUUGUGCCUGAAACUGAAGUUACGGUUUUUACUGUUGAGGGCGCUGGUCUCCUAUUUAUGGGCAAGUGCAGGGCUGACAUUGAAACUGCAGUUCGAUCCGUAGACUCUAGAGGGUGCUGGAGUCCCUAAGUGGGGUAAAUGUGUGAGUGGCAAAGGCAAGGGCACAUUUUUAUUUAUGAACGAUUCCCUUAGAGUCUACAUUAGCUCACCGUAUCUUAAACCGAUCUAACAACGCAGUGGAAUAAAUCACGUAGCUUCUUUUUAAUGAAGUGUUUGUAUUUUUUUUAUAUUUAUCUUUUUUAUGGUACUUAUUACGUGGGUUGAGUCGAUUGAAGGCUUCAGUAUUGUGCGAGAUCAGUCAAGCAGCCGCAGCUCUCCGAAAAAAAUGUAAUUCUUUGUCCCAAGGAGCCUCAGGAGCAGAAUUUUCCGGCUCAGUGUAAAUGCUUAGACGCUAUUCCUCAAAGAAUAACAAAUGCUAUGCUUGCGAACAAUCACGAACCUCCCAAUAACCCCAACCCCCUACUCCCGAAGGUCAGAAUGAAUGAAAUGAAAGGUGGGUUGAAAUUCCAUACCUGUGCGCAUAUACGUACUGAUGCUGUGCUUUUGGGAUGAAUUCACUUGAGUGGGUUCCAGCAGCCAUCCUGUUCAUUGAUGGGCUGUACGAGUGUUAGCAUGACGGUCUGCUGAGGUCGAAAAAGUUCAGAACUUCAGAAGGUCUGAGUUGUGACUGGUGCUUGAAACCAGGUUGUGUGGCCCUUAUAGAGCCUAUAUUAGGCAGUGCAUGAAGUGGAGUUUCCCUUUAAUUUGGUUUGUAUAUGUAAAAAUAAUAACAAAUGUACAUAAUUAUGAAUAUCUCACAUAAACACCAAAAUUUCACCGCUUUGGAAAGGUCAUCUCCACUCAUCUUGAGCACUUUCACGUGAGCGCGACAUCGUUAGCAAUAGUUCGCCUUUUUCUCUCUCCUCAGUGUAGGAAUAUUAUAUAUAUGUGUAGCCUGAGAUGGUAUUUUUUUUAGUUAACUCACAAAUUAUCAAUGUUACAUUCAAAGUAACUCCAUAUAAUCCUGCCCAUUUACCAGUUCAGAGUUAUUUCUUCUUUACUCUUCUACAGAUGGGCCGACAGGCUUUGUUGGAUUCUGUAAACUGGUACAGGUGUUUGUUACAGCUCUCUGUCACAUGACUUAAAGGUAAUCAAGGGGAAACACACAGGAACAUAAUCAUACGGUGAUUAUCAUGGGCAUAAUUACAUACAUCAUUAUGGUGGACAUAAUCGAGAACAAAGCUGGAACAGCAGCAUGAAAAAACCACAAUGAAAACCAGAAAAAAACAACAACAGAAAAACAACAAAACAAAAAAAACCCAUUCAGUUAUAAACUAAAAACAGAAUAUGUUGAAACAUUAAACUCAUUUCUAAGAAGAACAGAAAUGAUUUCCUGAGGCUAUUGUGUGCAUUAAAUGUCUGUACUCAUUAAAAACAUGAGCACCACUGUAUAGGUCUGUGGUUUACAGUGCUGUGUAGGCCUGCUAUGAAUAUUUGUAGUAGAGUUAGUACAGCCAUUAGUCACGUUUAGUUCUGCCACCAAGUGCUGAUGUAUCCUUUAUUUUAUUAUUUACCGGUUUGAAUUGCACUACUCACUUAAUUCUGGGAUUAACUGUUGAAUAAGGAAUGCUGAAUAUUCUCUCUAGUCCAGUCCAAGCCGCCAGAAAAUAUGGUUCAGUCAAUGGUGGAUGGACCUGCUUACGGACAGCCAAGCCAGUGCGCCUUGUGGUUUCCAAUCAGAUGGUUCAUAUUCACUUUAAAAUGCUGGAAAGAAGCUCUCAGCCUACUAAUACUGUAUGCAGUAAAUAAAAAUCAUACGAAAGACUUGAUUUGCGCUCGCAUUAAGCAAUAACAAUGAACAGUGUAAUUUUGGGCUUCGUUCCAGUUCAGAGGAGUCCUGGGACAGCGGGUUCCCUUCGGCUUCUCGUAUUCCAAAGUACGCUCUGUAUUUAAAACACGGGCCACGCAAACCAAACCGUCAGUCUGGCGCAUUUGCCCUUCAGGUAUGCAGAGGUCUCUGUGGCUCUCCCGGACCAGAACUGUCCAUCACUGAUGUCGUUUCUUUGAUUUCAGUACUUCUCUACAUUGGUCUUCAAAAAAAAAAAAAAAAAAAAAAAAACUGAAACAAAACCAGUAUUUGAUUCACCCUGCUAGUUGCACCUUCUCCACUGUAGAAAGCCACCUUCAGCCAGUGGCACCGAACUCAAACCCUUGUGGUGCCGCGUCGCUUGGGUAUCUUUUGUACAUAUAUAUGCACAUGUCUUGUUCUUAGUUUUCUAGUGAUGUGAUGUCCGUGAGAUAUUUCUUUUUUUGUGCGUGUGGGGGUGGGGGAGUCAGGGAGGGUAGUCAAAAAAAAUAAAAAUAUAUUUGUGGAGGAGAUUCAUUGUUGACACAAAAUGUUUGAAAUUGACUGCACAGUUUUAUUAUUAAUGUUUUCAGUAAGUGUUUGAAUACUCAGCUGAUCGUAGUGCACAUAACCAACCGUCCGGACUAAGCACACUCAUAACUGUAUAGGUUUGUUCUAAUAAUUUGAUCUGUUCAAUAAAGACUAAACAUCUUCAGGAAACUGAAA